AUGAGCGAGUCAGUGGGUACGGAUGAACAUGUUUGUCUGGAGUACAUACAGCAGCUGUGCAAGAGAGUGGAAGACACCGGGCGCAUCGCAAAUCAGGUUAGCAAAGGCUAUGAGCAUUCACUUAUGGGCACCUUGGAUGGGGAGGUUCUGUUAUACGGCAUUUCAGAUUCCGAUGAGCGCAUAAUGCAGGUGGAUGCAUUGGUGAACGCCCGGCGAAAAUUGACGCGGCGUUCCACAGCAACGUGUGUGGUGUUAUCAGGCAACGUGCUUACGCUUGCCAUAAUGUCUUCUCACUUAGCUAUGCAUCGCUGGAGGGUAUUGGAGGCGCAGACGAGUUUUGAGGCUUCCGAGGCGUUGAGGCAAGAAGCCCUGGAGGCCGAGAGAAUCCUCCGUGAGGCCCAACAUUCUGCAGCCUCGGUAAAGCCCCAGACAAAGUCGCAGAAGGUUUCGUCGGAGGAAGGCAAUAUAACGAGUAAGGACACGACUUUCGCUUUCUCACGUGACAUCGACAGUGACGUGUGCGAAUUAUCGACGGAUAACACAGGGGAGACCUCGAAAUCCACGAGCAACAUCGAGACUGCCUCUGCCUCUCUCUCGAGCGAAGUAAUACCCUAUCUGGUUAUUAUCGAUGCGUAUACGCACGAGGUGUUACCCGACAUCAUUUGUCAGCUGCGUUCCCUGGAAAGUCAGUUUAACAUGAUGCUCACCAUUACAGUUAUGAUGCAUGCUGGCUAUCAAAGCCGGCUCCCUGGAAUGGUUGUUUUCCCAAAGCAUGCCCCAACGUUGAAGGAGGUGUACAACGCCGGGUGUGAUUUGGCACUCUGCCGCUGUUUCGAUCACAAAGUGGUUGCGUUCUUCACUGAAAUGUUUACCUCAGCUGUUGGGAGGUGGCAGGCAGACAUGGGUCAGCAGUUGUCCGGAGGCAACUACGCUAUUAUGAAAACCGCAUUUGGUAGUACAUUGGACCAGUAUGACGAUGAGGAGCCCUCCGAUGAUUUUUUGAUGCUUGAUAAAAGACAGCAGGGGUCACGGAUUGGCUGCACGUCACCACGGGGUCGGGCGGAUGGAGCAGCAACGCUGAGAUCACCUUUAAGAGGUUGCAAAGUGGCAUUCAAUGAGUCAGUUUGUAGUUCACGUAUGGGAGGCUGCCGCAAAAGACCGGGGAUUCCAAAAGAUUUCGUGGGUAGCGUCAUGAGACCUGCGUUGAGAUCGAAACGCUUGGACAAAACGGCAUCGCACGCGAAACCUAAAAGGCUUGAGUCUUCCUUUGGGGACACCAUUAGGACCUUUUCCUCAGUGUGGGAUGAUGACGAAGUGUAUGAGGAUACCCUGUUGGAUGAAACGGAAGAGUUGGAAUCUGCCGCAAUAGCCGCGUACCAACGGGAGCUUUCGGAGCUGCUGACAAAACAAGAAGAGUACGAACAGACAUUGACAGCCCUCACCGAAGAGAAUGAGCGCUUGCAUGCCGCUCAAGAGCUUGUCCGUAGUCCGUGGGAAUGUUCAUCCAGCGCAUCGUCUGACCAGGGAAACAGUCCCGACACACCCAAUUAUCUUAAAAAGGAACAACAGAUUCACAUGUUGAAGGAACGCUUGAUGGAGGUGGCAAGGGAGCACGGCGGGACUCACGGUGUAAUGUUCGACAGACCUCGUCCCAGGAGGAAGCUGGGUAAGAAGUCACCAAAUGGAAAACAAGGUGCAUUGUCAAAAUCCCGUCUAAGGAAACCUACUCUUGCCAUGACCAGUCCCAACAGGAGACGCUUGAAUCACGUGCAGUUACUUGAGUCAGCGCUAAUGUCAUACCACGAUGUGCCUGCUGCAGAGGAUGAUGCCGAUGAUUUUUUACUUGAGUCAGCAACCGAGUCAGCGACAUCACAAUUUGAUGCGCUGGGCGCCGCAAAGGCUGAUGCCUUGCAAAGUGAAAUAUCCGCGAUUGAGACGCUUCUUCAAGGGGCGCGGAAUAACGGGGAAUCCCUAUGCAACGAAAAGUAUGAGGCCCUCUUAAAAAGCACAUCAAAAGUUUCUUGGGGAGUUGGACAACUCUCAGAUAAAUGCGCUAGGCUUCAAAGAGAGUUGCAUAGAGCAAGAGAGUCCGUGUUGGAAAAAAGUUUCGUUGAUAGGCGGGGCGAGAAAGACGUUGGUGGUGCGUCCACUAAGGGUGUGCCGGAAGGGAAAAAGGCGCUGAGUAGGAAAAGUAGUUUCGCUAGUGGUGGGUUAUGUGGCACGAGGGGUUCAGAGCCCCUACAUAGGAGUCGAACAUCUUCAGCGGCGCAUGGACUUGGCGAGAGGCGGAAAAGUUGGGCGGAAGCACCCAAAAGGAUAGCAAUGUCAGCAAGGAGUCGACCCACUCACUUCGCUGAAAGCUCUUCAGCUGCUAAAGGUGACAAGCAAAUAAUGCCACUGAGGAGGGUGAAUUCUAUAAGAUUCCGGGAACAUGAUAGUGAGGCUCAAUCAACUCAUCAAACAGGGUUUCGCGUCCCCAGUAACUUGAAGUUAGCUGAGAGCGGACAAUUGACUCUCUCCGAUGGGCUCACUUCCCCUUGCGAGGGUAAGGGGCAGUCCAUGACUAGUGGCACCGUUAACUCUGGUGAUUGGUCGCGACCAGUUUCCCAGAGUGGAUCGCGGCUUCAGCGUCCAUGCAGCAAGGGGUCCUUAGUUGUUGAUGGUACUUCCCUCUCUGGACUCGGGAGGAUUUCCCCUUCGUGGCAAGUUAGUAUCGCAAGUCUUCGAGGAUCAGGUGCCAGUGAGAGGUCUAAAAGGCUUUCACCCAUCGGACCAGGGACGCUGCAUGCAGGGGACGCAAACGGGUCGCAGGACUUCGGUACACGUUUGCCAACUCCUGCGGAGCAUCUCUGGCAGCGACAACAACGACAUUCCCAACGCGAGCAUGUUUUUGCGGAUGACAGACCCUUUUGUGGGACAGGAAGCACAACUGACUCAGGGGGGGAUCAGUCUUGCGCCAACUACUUGAGUCAUCACGAGGCCCUCGGAGACUUCCUUAGAGCGUUAUGUUGCUGCUACCCAGCUUUGCAACCCAUGUUGCAAUCUGAGGUUGCUGCUUUGGAGUCUUUGGCACGACAUGGUUCAGCUGGAUCAGUCGAAGCCGGUCAGGAGAGCCGCGUUGCUGGUCAUGAAGGGCAACCUGCGAUGGCUCUCGACACGAAGCUUCUUCUGCGGCUCAGUGAGCGGCUAUUGUCGUCAAUGAGCGGACUUGCUGACAAUAAUGCUGGAUCACCGCUGACAAAUACGAUGUACAGGGCAACUGGUGGUGCAGUUGGCAAUGACACUCGUGGUAGGGGCCUAUUUAGUGCAAAAUCCACAGGUAUUGAUCUGUACGAGGGUGCAGUCAGUGAAGGUCCAGUUGCUAGGCUCGGAAGGAACCUGCGGGACCGUGUAACCUUACCGCCGCUGCAUAGAUUGCCCUCCUGUGGUGGGGACCGCUCCGAGAUCCCCUUUUCUGGUGGUUGUGGCCAACAGUUGAACGAUGGGGAAGCUCCGGGGAGCGCAUUGAAAGAGAAACUGCAAGCCCUUGUUGGCGCAGAGUCCGCCUCCUUCGAUCGGUCCUCCCUGUUUAAACCACGUCAGUCAGUUCAGAAUGUGGCACAUUUGAGCGAUACGGAGAGCACUGCACCGGUAUCCCCACCACCAUGGGGCCAGUCCGUGAGUUCAAAAAAGAGCAGCGUAAGGUACGGCAGAAAUCUCCAACCCUUUAGGUGGACUCAACGGCAGGGGCACACCGAGCCAGGAGAAGGGCUGGAUGAUGGGCAAGGUCCUACAGGGGACGAUUAUACCGGUGCACCUGGGACCGCUGUGGCAGAAAGUUUGGUUAAUAUAUACCGCAACUUCUGGCGUUUCAGCAUGCACUGCGAAAAUUUAAGGAAGGAACUAUUUGAUAUCAACUGCGAGGGCAUGCCACGGGAAUGGCGUGAUGGAUGCAUCAGCUCUCCGCAGUUUAUACUUUCCGGAAGUGGACACGGUUUGAAAGACGAUAGAUCUUUGCACGGGCGGUCGUUGUUUGCACUACCCGUUGCUUCUGCCAAUCUACGGCGCCGGAAUAGGUCGCCUAGGCGACCCAACGCGCUGCGCAGAUUGAGUAGGGCGUGGAACUUUGGUGAAUUUUGUGCAAGAACGCGGUCUGCAUUAAUGAGGUAUUCACUAUUAGUAGAACAUCUCAAUACAACCUCGUCUCCAAGAGGUGGCGGCGUGCAGGAUGGACGUGUUGGUUUGUGCCGUCGCGCCGGGUCUUUGACACCUCGCCGGCACGUGGGGACGCGGAGAGGAACUGGCACCACCGGAUGCCCGACGCUUCGCACCAACAAAAAUUUGAACAGCAGUCCUUUAGUGAUUGUUGGGAAAAAUCCCCCGAGUCUCCCAACUGGAAGGUCACCGAGCAUAACGCCACGGACACCACCACAUGGUGGAAUGCGACAGGGAGGAGAUAAGGAAAAAAUGUCACCUCGCUGA